AAAAAAAUUAAAAAACACUUUGAGUCAUAUAUAGUCAUUUAAAAAAACAUUAGCAUAGUCCUUGACAAUAUUUACCACUCCCAGAUAUCAUAUCAUAUCUUUCUUCCAGCAAAUCAAAGACAACUACACCUUUGACAGAAACGUUUAUGAACAGGCAUUACAUCUUUCAUAAACCACAAGCAUCAGGACUGUUUGUAAAAUGAGGAGAGUUACAAGACUCGGUGUUUUACUUAUUUGUGUCAUAGUUUACACUUUAUUGUAUAUGACGUUUAUCAGACAUCAGGAAAGCGAUAAUGACAAGAUACAAAGGCCAGAAGAUCUGGAAGUUCUUAAAAGACUGGAGGUUAUAGAAGAUCAGGUUAAAAAAAUAGCUAAAUCUAUAGUGAUCAGAAAUGAAGAAGAGAAGAAAUCUGACGUGUUGGGAAAAAAUGUAAUAAAAGUCGAAGUGAAGAAGUUGUAUCCAGAUUCACCUCUCUUCAGAUUGUGGGGAGAUGAACUUUCAGAGGAAGAACAGAAAGAAGCAAAAAAGCUCUUCCAGGACUAUGGCUACAAUGUUUUCCUGAGUAACAGAUUACCUAUCAACAGAUCUAUCCCUGAUACUCGGCACCAAAAGUGUGCGGAGAAGAUCUACCCUAAGGACCUUCCAAACAUUAGCGUGGUUCUGAUCUAUUUAAAUGAGGCUCUGUCAAUCAUACAGAGAGCUAUCUGCAGCAUCAUAGACAGAACACCGCCUCAUCUGCUAAAGGAGAUCAUCUUGGUCGACGACCACAGUUCUAAUGCGGAUCUGCAGUCAGGUCUGGAUAAAUAUAUAAAUCUUAUACAUAAAGAAAAGCCUGGCUUGCUUAAAAAAGUGAGGCACAAAAGGCAGAUGGGUCUUGCGAAGGCGAGAAUCUCGGGCUGGGAGGCGGCCACAGGCCAAGUGAUAGCCAUUCUGGAUGCUCACAUUGAGGUUCAUAAGCAAUGGGCAGAGCCGCUUCUUGCCAGAAUCAAAGCAGACAGGACUAUAGUGUUGUCCCCAGUGUUUGACAAGGUGCUUUUUGACACCCUGGAAGUUCUUCCCUAUCAGCCGGCAGCUCACGCCUUUGACUGGGCCCUUUGGUGCAUGUAUGAGUCCUUCCGACCAGAAUGGUACACACUUAAUGACCCAUCAGAACCAGGAAAGAGUCCCUCUGUAAUGGGCAUCCUCGUCGCCGAUCGACAGUUCUUGGGAGAAAUUGGUGUUUUGGAUGAAGGAAUGACUAUUUAUGGGGGCGAGAAUGUUGAACUAGGAAUACGUGUCUGGCUUUGCGGUGGGAGUAUUGAAGUGGUACCGUGUUCCAAGAUCGCACACAUAGAGAGAGCACACAAGCCUUAUUCACCAAAUCUCAGCAAGCCCAUGGUUAGAAAUGCCUUGAGGGUGGCAGAAAUAUGGAUGGAUGAAUAUAAAUCGAAUGUGAAUAUUGCCUGGAAUCUCCCUUUUAAGGAUCAUGGGAUCGAUAUCGGAGAUGUGACCGAAAGAAAAGCAUUACGAGAGAAACUUCAUUGUAAACCCUUUAAAUGGUACUUGGAAAAUGUUUAUCCACUGCUAGACACAUGGGAGGACAUCAUAGGUUAUGGUGCGUUAAAGAACGACCUGCAGAAAGAUAUGUGCAUUGAUCAAGGACCUGUUCCUGGAAGUGUACCAAUUUUGUAUGGAUGUCAUUAUUAUAGUCCUCAGUAUUGUUACUUAAACCGUAAUGGAGAGAUCUACAUAGGAGGCAUCAAAUCUCACAAAUACAAUUCUAACCGUUGUCUAAUGGAUUCUGGUUCUGGAAACACACCCACAUUAAAUGACUGUAAAAAUGGAUUCAAUAUGCAGUGGAAUUUUGCCCAGGGCACAGCAAUAAUAAAUAAAAAUACAAACCGAUGUCUUGAGAUUGCACAAGGAGAGGAUUCAUACUAUCAUCUUGUUUUGCAAAAGUGCACAGGUCAGAAAUGGAGAAUCCAACAUGCUGUCAAAGAAUUUUAA